UGUUACUCGUAAGUAGCCCAACGACUUUCAAGUAUCUACCUGGAUUUCACGAAAAAUCCUUCUUUGCAUCUCUCCUGCUAUCCGAUUUGAGUUUUCUCAAAAAAUUUCUCUUUCCACUUUGCAUGCCAACAAGCCAAAUAAGGUGGAAUACUUGAUAGGGCCGGUAAGAAAGAGUUGGUGGGAGAGGAAGCUGGAACUUUGAGAUACAAGCUGCUGAUAUCUAAAGUCCCAAAGCCGUUCAUGAAUAACAGACAGCACAGGCCCGGAAAAAUAAUGUUGCUCGCUACAAAUAAUUCAUACGUCGUAGCAUCCUUGCUAUCGGAGUCGGCCGAGCCAAAGCCAGACCUCGGGAGGCAUGGCAUGGCAGGCGCAGGAUGUCAACCUUGAAAGGCAAUCAACUAGUUUACAACUCUCAACAUCGGAGCAGUCCACAACCACAAUCGCUUCAACAUUCAUAUUGCAUCUGGGGAGAAAACAUAUCAUCAUUCUUGUUCAGAGCUAAGCGAUAUUCAUAGCGUGGUACUACCAGUACCAGUCUGCCAUCAACCUCAAGCCCCCUCCACUCGUGCUACCCCGCAUGUACUAGACGCCUACUGGCAGAUAUUUCGGAGAGCUCCAUACUUCACACCUGCAUUUGCUCACUGGACCCCGCGUCAGAUAAGGCGGCCGGCCGCGGUGUGGUGUUGAUGAUAUUUCUUUGGAAUGGAGCAUUCUUUUAACCAGACGUCUGCCUAAAUAUCUGUCCUCUUGCUUCUCUUUUUCCUCAUCUCAUUCCCAUCCGCUUCACGCCCAGAGUGGCGAAGAUCCCCAACGGGACGACCUCGGGAACUUGCAUUCAUUCACAACUCAACAUCACGACAUCCAACAUAAUAUCUUUCGAGAUCUCUACAUCUGUCACUUUUUGCGAAUUAAAUAAACUUAAGGGUCACCUAGUCACUACUCACUUCUACCACAAUGGCGCCAAUUGCCGUUUCCCCCAAUCCAGCUGUCUCAGAACACGCAAGCCAAUCCCUCUUCUCUUUAACGACCGCUUAUGAUGACACUCUUCGAUUCUACCUCAACGGCACACGAGUGGUACUAGAGGAUUUUGAUCCGGAAGCCACCAUACUUGAUUAUCUUCGCGGCAUAAAUCUAACGGGUACAAAGUUGGGUUGUGCAGGUAAAUGAGCAGUUUUCUUUUUCCUUUUGGGGGUGGAGGGGUCCCUUGUUUAGUUAUAGGUUCACUAAUAGCCGCAUAGAAGGGGGAUGCGGGGCUUGUACAGUCGUGGUUUCGCAGUAUAAUCCUACCACAAAAAAGAUUUAUCAUGCCAGCGUAAAUGCAUGCUUGGCACCUUUAAUCAGCGUCGAUGGAAAGCACGUCAUCACAGUUGAGGGGAUAGGGAAUGUCAAAAGGCCCCAUCCUACGCAAGAGCGGAUUGCCCGUGGUAACGGUAGUCAGUGUGGAUUUUGCACCCCAGGCAUCGUCAUGAGCCUCUAUGCCCUACUCAGGAAUGACUCCAAUCCGUCAGAACAUGAUGUAGAAGAAGCUUUUGAUGGGAACCUUUGCAGGUGUACCGGCUAUCGGCCCAUACUUGACGCUGCACAAACUUUCAGUGCUGACCAGUCAUGUGGCAAGGCAAAAGCAAACGGAGGAGGCGGCUGUUGCAUGGAAAAAGGCAACGAGAAUUCUGGAGGUUGCUGUAAGGAUGGAUUCAAAGACGACCAACCUAUAAAACGGUUUACGCCGCCUGGCUUCAUCGAGUAUAAUCCAGAUACAGAGCUCAUAUUCCCCCCACCUUUGACGAAACAUGAAUUCCGGCCUUUGGCUCUUGGAAAUAAGAAGAAGAAAUGGUAUCGUCCAAUUACCCUGCAGCAGCUGCUAGAAAUCAAGAGUGUUUACCCAUCGGCCAAAAUUAUUGGAGGAAGUACCGAAACGCAAAUUGAGAUCAAGUUCAAGGCCAUGCAAUACACGGUUUCAGUAUUCGUCGGUGAUAUUCCUGAACUACGCCAAUUCUCCUUCAAAGACGACCACCUUGAAAUCGGCGGUAAUGUCACUUUGACUGAUUUGGAAUCUAUCUCGCUUCAAGCUAUUGAGCAUUACGGUCCGGUCAAGGGACAAGUCUUUGCUGCCAUUCAUAAACAGCUAAAGUAUUUUGCUGGUCGUCAAAUCAGAAAUGUUGGAACGCCCGCAGGAAAUCUUGCUACUGCUUCCCCUAUUUCGGAUCUCAAUCCCGUCUUUGUUGCUUCAAAUGCAGUUCUUGUGGCAAAAUCUUUGGAGGAGGAAACCGAAAUCCCAAUGUCUCAAUUCUUCAAAGGUUAUAGGAGAACAGCCCUCGAACCAAACAGUAUCAUUGCAAGUAUUCGGAUACCAGUGGCUCGUGAGAAAGGGGAGUACUUUCAAGCCUAUAAGCAAUCCAACCGAAAGGAUGAUGACAUUGCCAUCGUCAAUGCCGCUCUUCGUAUUUCCUUGGAUGACUCAAAUACUGUUGAAAGCGCGGACCUCGUUUACGGUGGAAUGGCACCAAUAACCAUUGCUGCAAAGACUGCUGGAGAAUAUCUCGUCGGGAAAAGGCUUACAGAUCCAGCGACACUUGAAGGUACAAUGAAUGCCUUGGAGCAAGAUUUUGAUCUUAGAUUUGGAGUUCCGGGCGGGAUGGCUACGUACAGAAAGUCUCUGGCAUUGGGUUUCUUUUACCGCUUCUAUCACGAGGUUCUGUCCAAGCUGGAAGUCAAUGAGUCCGAAGUUGAUGAAGAAGUUAUUGAAGAGAUUGAAAGGAUGAUUUCGACAGGCAGACAGGACAAAGACUCAACAAUUGCGUAUCAACAGAACAUUCUUGGCAAGGCAAAUCCUCAUGUUGCAGCUCUCAAACAGACAUGUGGCGAGGCACAGUAUACUGACGAUAUUCCUGUCCAAAAGAAUGAAUUAUAUGGAUGUCUGGUUCUCUCAACCAAAGCCCAUGCCAAGAUCACUUCUGUAGAUUACUCACCAGCAAUGGAUUUGCCUGGCGUAGUUCGAUACAUUGAUCAUACUGAUUUGCCAACUCCAGAGGCUAACAUUUGGGGUGCACCUAUACCCGAUGAAGUUUUCUUUGCGGUUGAUGAAGUUCACACAACUGGUCAGCCUAUUGGAAUUAUCGUCGCAGAUACUGCAGCGCAUGCCAGUGCCGGUGCCAGAGCUGUCAAAGUGGAUUAUGAAGAGUUACCAAGUAUCUUCACAAUGGAGGAAGCGAUUGAGAAGGGGAGCUUUUUCAAUCAUUUCCACUACAUCCACAAGGGUGACAUAGAAGCUGCUUGCAAAGACGCUGACCACGUUUUCACUGGUGUAACUAGAAUGGGUGGUCAGGAGCAUUUUUACCUCGAGACGCAAGCUUGUGUUGUGGUUCCCAAGCCUGAAGAUGGCGAGAUUGAGGUUUUUGCCAGUACGCAAAACCCAACUGAAACGUAGGAUACCUAUUUCCAGAACCCAAAUUUACUCACUAAUUCUUUCUGAUAGGCAAACAUAUGUCGCACAGGUUUGUGGUGUUUCUGCAAAUAAGGUUGUCUCUCGUGUCAAGCGUCUCGGUGGAGGCUUUGGCGGUAAAGAGACCCGAUCAAUCCAAUUAUCGGGCAUAGUUGCUCUAGCUGCGAAAACAACUGGCCGCCCUGUGAGAUGUAUGUUGAACAGGGAUGAAGACAUGAUAACGUCUGGCCAAAGACACCCAUUCCUCUGCCAUUGGAAGGUUGCAGUAAACAAAGAUGGCAAACUCCAAGCCCUUGAUGCGGAUGUUUUCGCUAAUGGGGGAUGGACACAAGAUCUGAGUGGAUCAGUUUGUGAUAGAGCCAUGACGCAUAUCGACGGAUGCUACCUAAUUCCCAAUGUGCACGUUCGCGGAAGAGUAUGCAAGACGAAUACCAUGUCUAAUACAGCGUUUCGUGGAUUUGGUGGUCCUCAGGGCAACUUUAUUGCAGAAUCAUUCAUGUCAGAAAUUGCCGACCGUCUCAACAUACCCGUCGAAAGAUUUCGGGAAAUAAACUUCUACCAACCGAAUGAAGAGACUCACUUCAGCCAGAGCUUGAAAGAUUGGCACGUACCAAUUAUGUACAAGCAGGUUUUGGAAGAGACAAAGUAUGAAGAGCGACGUGACGCUGUGACAAAGUUUAACGAUUCUCACAAAUGGAAGAAGAGAGGGCUUGCGAUUGUGCCAACAAAAUUUGGAAUUUCGUUUACGGCUCUCUUUCUCAACCAAGCGGGUGCUUUGGUCCACAUUUAUCAUGAUGGAACCGUUUUGGUAGCCCAUGGAGGAACUGAAAUGGGACAAGGUCUUCAUACGAAAAUGAUCAUGAUCGCAGCUGAAGCUUUGGGAGUACCACUCUCUGAUGUUCAUAUCUCUGAAACUGCAACAAACACUGUUGCCAAUACUUCCUCGACCGCUGCUUCAGCCUCUUCAGAUCUUAACGGUUAUGCAAUUUUCAACGCAUGUGCCCAAAUCAAUGAACGUCUCGCCCCAUACCGAGAAAAACUUGGCAAGGACGCUCCCAUGAAGAAACUCGCCAGCGCGGCAUAUUUCGACCGCGUUAACCUCUCUGCCAAUGGCUUCUACAAAACUCCAGACAUCGGCUACGUCUGGGGUCCAAACACGGGCCAAAUGUUCUUCUACUUCACCCAAGGUGUCGCCGCCGCGGAAGUCGAAAUCGACACCUUGACAGGCGACUGGACCUGUCUCCGCGCCGACAUAAAAAUGGACAUCGGCCGCUCCAUCAAUCCUUCCAUUGACUACGGACAAAUCGAAGGCGCCUUCGUCCAAGGCAUGGGACUCUUCACCAUGGAAGAAUCCCUCUGGUACCGCAACGGCCCCAUGAAAGGCCAACUCGCCACGCGCGGACCCGGCGCCUACAAGAUCCCCGGGUUCCGCGAUGUCCCCCAGGAAUUGAACGUCUCCAUGCUCAAGGGCGUGACCUGGGAGAAUCUCCAGACUAUUCAGCGUAGCCGCGGCGUCGGGGAACCACCGUUGUUCAUGGGGAGUGUGGUGUUCUUUGCCAUUCGCGAUGCGCUGGUUGCGGCCAGGAGGCAGUAUGGUGUUACUGCUACGUUGGGCGAAGAUGUGAAGGGGGAUGGUCUCUUGCGCUUGGAGAGUCCGGCGACGACGGAGAGGAUUAGGACGAGUUGUGUGGAUCCUAUUAUUAAGCGUGCCCAUGUUGAGCCGGAGGAGGGUGAGAAGAGCUUCUUUAUUGCUAUUUAGGGGUGCGGGGUGGGAUUGGGAUUCGGAUUGGGGAAAGUGUUGGGUUGGGUAUGAGAUAUGAGAUAUGAGAUGUGAAAUUUGAGAUUUGAGGGUUGAGUUGUGAGCUUGCAACUGGCUUGGGGUUAAGAGGUUGAUGGAGCUGGAUACUUUACUAGGUUAGCGUAGCUUUUAUUAAAUUAGGAUGGAUUUUUAUUAUAUUCCUCUUUGUCU